AGUCAACACCGCUUCGUGGAGAAUUCCGAAAUCCAAACCUACCUCUAUUAUAGACAUGAAGAUCGUUAUUUGACCUCUUGGAGCUUAAUUUUGGGAGCUCUUUGAGAUUCUCUAUCAUUGUUUGCCAAUAUGGCUUCCCAAUAUCCAUUGCCAGAGACAUAUUCACACAGGCGCACAAAGUCGUCUGUCUUGUCCAACUUAUCAUUCAUGCACAAGAGAACUCCCUCGACGGGAGCCACGCUAUCUUCAAAUGUAUCUCACGUCUCUCCUCAUGUGUCUCCGACAUUUGAAGCGAUGCCAUUUCUCCCGCAUGAUCAUCCGCAUUACAGAGCUCUCGGCGAAAUUCAACAGAAUCAACAAACGCAAGCACAACCCUUGCCGAAGAAGUCUCGGGACGGUGGCCGGCCUAACACGAGCGAGACUGGUUCCCGACCACUUCAUAAGAAGACACUGAGUUCGAUAUCCCUCAAAUCUCUUGCUGGAAAAGACGGCGAGAAGACCUCGAAGACGAAAGAGCCCAAACCAAACAAGCCGAAGAAGACUAAGUCAUCGACGAAUCUCGCAACUCUCCUCAAGCGCCCAAAAUCGUCGAAAGACUUGAACAAGGAAGCAGUGGAAGAAGCAGCUCGAGUCCAAAAGGACAAGGAGAACCAAAGCCCUACGUGUGCUGAUGCGCCUCGACCUCCGCCAAUAUACGCACAAUUCUCCAGCGAAUUCUUCGCGAAGCAGCCAUUGGGAGGAAAGUUCUUGGAGGAUGAGAUAGACCUAUACACGCCGGAGAACUAUUCACCUCGAAAGCAACGGAACUUUUAUGAAGGCCCUGGGUACCAGCCAAGCUUACUCAAACGCGACAACGGCUCGGCUACCUCAGGCUUCCAACGUCCAAUGUCGUACCUACCAACGAGCUUCAGUAUUGGGGAUAUCGGCAGGAGAAUUAGCAAUGGCUCAAAUCACAGUGUCGAGCUUAUGAGGAGAGUAUCAGGAGGCAAGAGACCGAGUUUGGAGAGGAAGGCUACUGCUACAUCCGCGAAGUCAGAGAAGUCAGCCAAGUUAGACAAGGCAGCUCCAAAUAAAGGCCAACGGGUACUGGCAGCGGUCUCGGCGUUGGGUUCAAAGCCAGCAAAGUCUCCAGAGGCUACAUCUGUGCCCGUGGUUGAUGAUAAAGAUGUCGAUCGAGAAUUUGAAGCUAUGCUGGAUAGGCGCAACAUCCCUGAACAUCAACGAGGAAAGAUGCGGAAGCUUGCGAUGACAAUGAAGAAAGACUUCAUCAAGCAAGACUGGGCUGAAGUAGCUGCGGCGAAGAACGGCAGACCGGGAACCAACAGUAGCGACUCAAGUGCUGAUGCUACCAGCGGUACCCAAGACGUUCCUGCCGCCAAGACCAAGAGACCGAGGAGUCGAACAUUUACACUAUCAAGAAACCACAAAGACACUACGGCGGAUAACAAGAAGGCGAAAGCAGAGGGAACGAUUGGCAAGCAUUCUCGACAGCCAUCUACAGAGAACAUCAACAGUGGGACUAGAUCAUUCACAGCAUCGAGUGUUGCAGUCGCACAAAACCUGGUUGCCAGAGCAAAGGGCCAACUUCCAGAUGAUUUCAUCUCAUACAUGAGGAAGGUGCAAAAGCCGGAACUAGUUGAAGUUGGUAGACUUCAUAAGCUGAGGACUUUAUUGAAGCAUGAGACUGUUGCAUGGACAGACGAGUUUGUUACCCAAGGUGGAAUGGCUGAAAUAGUUGGCUUGUUGCAUCGAACCAUCGAAGUGGAAUGGAGAGAAGAACAUGAAGACGCGUUGCUUCAUGAGGUUCUCCUCUGCUUGAAAGCCCUUUCCACUACGGCUCUGGCAUUCCAACACCUCAGCAUCUUCCAACAGACUCUCUUCCCUGCUUUGAUCAACAUGGUCUUUGGCGAAGACAAGAAGGGACCUAGCGAGUUUACGACCCGAAACAUCAUCUCUUCUCUGUUGUUCACUUACUUGAAGUCAGCACCACUUGCGGAACGUGCAAAUCGAGCUAGGAUCCUUCUUGGCUACCUCAAAGAUCCUGAACCAGUCGAAACCGAACGACCAGUUGGAUUCGUCCUUGAAAUGAGAAAGCCACGUCCAUACCGAAUUUGGUGCAAGGAGGUGACAAAUGUUACCAAGGAAGUCUUCUGGAUUUUCCUCCAUCAUGUCAAUGUCAUUGCUCUUCCCGGAUCUAGAUUCCACGAAGAGGAAGACUGCGACUUAUCAGCUGGCGGUUUCGAUAGCACCAAUCCUUACCAUGUGUACAUGGCUAAGCACUUUCCUCAAGAGCAGCCUCCAGUACCAGCUGCACCAUAUGUUGGUGGCGUUGAAUGGGAUGCUACGAAUUAUCUGGCUUCGUAUCUUGAUAUUAUUAAUGGUAUUAUGGCAAGUCUGCCCACCAGAGAAGAACGAAAUACUCUUCGCGAACAAAUGCUCGUUUCUGGAUGGGAGAAAUGCUUUGGUGGUACACUGAGAACUUGCAAGGAGAAAUUCUAUGGUGGAGUACAUGCAGGCCUUCGAUGCUGGGUCGCUGCUGCCGUGGAGGAUGGUUGGGACACGAAGGAUGUUCGCUGCGGUCCUUGCAUUGAAAGCAAGAGCUCACCAAAGAAGAGUCCCAAGAAGGCAGCUCCAGUCGAAGAUGCCCCUAAGAUUGACAUGAAGUUGGAUUUCCUUGGUGGCGGAGCUGCAGGAAAGAAGCCUGUUAAUGACGAUGUUUGGUUGUAAAGGACUUGUACGAUUCUUGUUUAUUGUUUUGUUGGGUAAGAUUGCAUGACUCGAGACUUGAAGGUCUCCUUUUUUCUUUUUGUGUUAUAAGGAGUUCGGCUUGGAUCCUUCUUCUCUUAUGAUUCGCAUGAAUAAUGAUGAUGAUACGAUGGGAUACUGUACAUAAG